AUGGCUGAUAACAUCAGCAGCGGCUCGUGGGAUCUCGAGAUGAUGAUGAGCGUGGGGAAUCAGUUCGCUCUUGAUCACGCCUCCCAAUUCUUUCAUCCCCUCGAUCCACGCCCCUUCAUAACAGAGCACCAGCAGGGCGCCAUGGAGUCCGGCCGGGAAGACGAGGAUGAGGAAGAGACAGCGGCGGCGGCGGAGGAGGAGGAGACGAGUUUGGGCGCGAUGAAGGAAAUGAUGUACCGGAUCGCGGCGAUGCAGCCGGUGGACAUCGACCCGGCCACCAUCAGGAAGCCGAGUCGCCGCAACGUGCGCAUCAGCGACGACCCGCAGAGCGUGGCGGCGCGGAUCCGGCGGGAGCGCAUCAGCGAGCGGAUCCGCAUCCUGCAGCGCCUCGUCCCUGGCGGCACCAAGAUGGACACCGCCUCCAUGCUCGACGAGGCCAUUCGCUACGUCAAGUUUCUCAAACGACAGGUCCAUCGUCUGCAGUCUUUUAGUAGCAAUAACCAACCUCCGCCGUCUCCGUUCGCCGGCGCCGCUGCUUCGUCCUCCGCCAUGGCAGUGCCUCCUCCUCCUCCUCCUCCUCCCGGGUUAUGCUUUGGCUUUCAUGAUUCCACGCACUAA